CUCAGCGGAAGAAGUUACAUUCAAGGCGAGAUUUGGUCGAUUCCUUUGAUUAUUCAAGUGACUGAAAAAUAUUCGCGGUCGCGCGCACCCCAAAAACCAACGAUCUUUCUUUAGCACAGCACAGUUGUCAGAAGCAAUGUGGUCCUAAGAUGGACACCACACACUGGAAAUCAAACAUCCAGGUAAUCCGGCUGAUCCUGUUGACCCUGUGGAUCGCCUGGGCCCAAGGACAAUCUGACAUAACAGGAAAUGCCAUCAGUGGGAGCCAGGAACUUGCUGAAAAGGUUGAGGUCAACGUAGUGUCCACGGCUUACACUCUUGCCUUCAAGAUCUCCGAUGGCACGGAAUAUGCCAUCGACAGCGUCACCUGUCGCAAUGGAAGCGGUACAGAGACCAAGGCGAACGAGGCUCACGUAUGCGAAAGCCUAGAUCCCUGCACCUUCUACACCUGCGUGGUUAGUUUUCGUGCAUCUGACGUUGGGAAUCCGCCUCUUCCAGACCAAACGAUUUAUGCCUACACCGAGUACAAACAGCCCAGGACCACAAUGACCUCGGUGGUGCCCACUGCGAACACCAUCAAGGUGACCUGGCAGACGACCGAUCGCGCCUGCGUGGCUCUCUUCAAGAUUGAAGCCAAGGCGGCGGAUACCUAUUCGACGGAGCAGCUGAACGAUAAAAGCACCCAUACCUUCAGAGGCGUAAAGUCGUGUCUAAUGCACACCAUUACCUUGGUGACCCACAACAAUGCCAGUCAAGUGGUGGACCAAGAUACCGAAAAUGUGGAUACUCUGUAUGCGGAGCCAGGGGAUAUAGCGAUGAAUAUUACAAACCUGGCCAAUGGCAUUACGGUGGUCAAGUGGGGCGAUCCCAGCGAGGAGAACUGCAUCAGCAAUUAUGUCUUCAAAUGGCGUCGCGACGAUUGCAUUCAGGAACCGGAAACCACCACAACCGAAGAGCCCAUGACGACGACCGCUGAUGAGGUCUCCUCCACAGAUGCCAGCACAGAAGAGCCUAGCUCUCCAGCGCAGCCGGAGUACAACAGUGUUGAAUGCGAAUGGAGUGAUGUCUCGGCUGAUGGCAAACUCAGGGAGUAUCUACUGACGGAUCUACAAGGAUGCGAGCUUUACACCUUUCAGCUCUUUACCAAUGAGAACGCCACGGCCAAGUCCUCCCAGCAGUUUACAUCGGCGGAAAAGGUGUCGAGUGCUGUCUUUGAGCCCAGUCAUGUCUCCAAUACCACGGAGCUACGCUGGACAUGGAGCGCGCCCCAGGAUCAUCCCAGAUGUGUGGCCAAUUACAGUGUAAUGCUUUCCGGACCCAGUCAGCGUCCUGCCAAUGAAACCAGAGACUUGGUGACCCUGGAGAAGGUUGCUGCCUUUGAUAAUCUCGAUCCUUGUGGCAUUUACACCGUGGAGAUAGUGCCCAUCUUGCUGAAUGGUAGCUCUGGAUCCCGGUACCAGGAUGAAGGCACUGUCAGCGAAGAUCAACCAACGCAGAUCCUGGAGCCCGUCUUGCUGCCCGAUUCCUUCUCGCUAGAGUUGACCUGGUUGACACCUGUCUACGCAGAUCUCUGUAUCGAUGGCUACCGCCUGUCUGGCUGGAUGGAUGAUGUGACGGUGGUGGAGGUGGAGGCACUAAGUGUCACAACCCAGAACACUAGCGUGGUUUUUAGCAAUCUGCUGGCGUGCCAGGUGUACAUCAUCCAGAUCAUUCCCUAUACCAGGGAGAGUAUGGAUGGCCAGUUAAGGCAGGUUGCGGCAGAGACCCGGCCGGCCAUUGUGGAUACCUCCAAGAUCACUCUCCAGCCGACGGGCAAAGGUUCGGCCUCCCAUAGCCUGGAGUUGUCGGCAAACAAUGCAGACUACAACAACACCUGUCUGACCAUCUUUGCCUUCUUCAACUGCAGCACCACCUCAUCUGUUCGCAAUCCCUCCGCAGAGCGUUACGUCGAGGGGCACAGUAAGCGAGGCUUCCAGGCCAAACUCAGUCCGCUCUCCCCGUACACCUACUACUCCUGUAGUGUGACAUUGUACAACGUGGCAGGACCUUCGCCCGUGAAGACCAUACAUAAUCUCCAGACCGAAACUUACUUUCCCGAGCAGCCAGAGAAUGUGCAGUUCAUCGGCAGCACCCGGAAUAGCCUGCAUUUCAACUGGAGCCAACCCACCUAUCUGAAUGGCCCGAUCAAGUACUACCAGGUCUUUCUGAUGCGUCACGAGGCCAGCUACUUUGUGCCGGAGGACUGCCCCGCAAUCGUUGAGGACUCCAAGCCAGAGACCAAGGGAGAUCUGAAUGCUAAUUUCACGGGAUUGGCGCCGUCGGUAAGAUAUAUAAUGCAGGUGGCGGCCCAGAACGAUUUUGGAAUGGGUGACUACACGGCACCUGUGAUUGGCACCACCCGUCCGACAGUCUCCGACAACGUGACCCAGCUGUCCGUAUUGCCCCAGGGUCCGGCGAAUGACAACAAUGAGUACAACGCGAACGUGACCAUCACCUGGACGGUGCCCUGCAAAUCCAAUGGCGAAAUUGAGUACUUCCAGCUGAGCUUCAGCGGAAGCCGGGCAAACUACAAUCCGGUUGCAUUCCAGCGAAGGGUGGCCCUGGACACGGAAAACCUCAAGGGAAGGAUGUCGUACACGGAGACCGACAUGCUACCGCAGUAUGCUUACACUGUCCAGGUGGCCGUCAAAAACCGAGAAGUGGAGGAGCUAAGCGGAAGUGUGCCCGGUUCAUGGGAGUCUCCAGCUGGAUUACCCGCUGUCCUGAGCAAGCAAGUUGUGGACGAGAUGAAAGUGAUUCCCCAGCAGACGAAUCACCCAACCAAGUCGGCGGUCGUUAGACUUCCGGCGGAAAUCUUGCAAUCUGACUCUGGAGAGAUAACCUAUAUUGCGCUUCUUCUCUCGAGCUGCGCGGAUGCCCCAAAACUGGAGUACAACGUCGGAGACAGUUGGCCCAACGUCUUGAAUUACGAGCAAGCUGGAGGCGAUGGCACAGGGCCAUCUUGUAUCUUGCAAUACCAAACAACGGAGGAGCGCUGGCAGCCGGUGGUGACCACUAGGGAACGGCAGAGCCGGGAUGUGGAUUUGGAAUCGCUGGAAAUAGUCUUUACCAUUGGGACUGACAAGUGUAACGAGGGCAAGCGCUUUUGCAACGGCCCACUGCGGCCGGAUACGGAGUACAACAUGGUGGUGCGACUGUUCACCAAGUCCGGAUACAGUGACGCCGCUGUGGUGUACUUCAAGACAGAGGCGGCCCUUAAGGUUACCCUGAUCCUGGUGAGCGUGUGUAGCUGUCUGUUGCUGGCUUUUGUCAUUGGACUGGCGGUGCUUUGGGUGCGAAAGCGGAUGGCAUGGCAUCGCGACUCCGGCCAGGGUAUCGAGGAUCCGUUUGGAAAUGUGAUUGCCAAGAACUUUGCCAUCUUCUAUGCGGAGGUGGCCAAGCCGGAGAAGCUGGCGCGGGAGUUCAAGGAGAUCACCGUGCAGGCUCUGGAACUGAGCUAUGCCGCCUCCGAGUUGGGUUGCCACAAGAAUCGAUAUGCGGACAUUUAUCCCUACGACAAGAACCGUGUAAUCCUCGACAUAGAUGCCGAGGGAUCGGACUAUAUCAACGCCUCCUUUAUAGAUGGAGAUCCGCGAAAAAAGGAGUACAUAGCCACGCAGGGACCAAAGCCGGAGAGCAUAAUGGACUUUUGGCGCAUGGUCCUGCAGUAUAACGUGCGGGUCAUUGUUCAGGUUACCCAGUUCCGUGAGAACGAUAUGAUCAAGUGCCACGAGUAUUUCCCGUACACAAUGAGGGGAUUAACGGUCACUAUCAAGUCUAAGGAAGUCUUCGAGCUGUACGAUCGCACCGAGCUCUCGGUUAUCCACGACAAGUACGGCCUGAAGGAGAAGGUGAUCCACUUCUACUUCAAGAAGUGGCCCGACCACGGCUGUCCCGCUGAUCCCAUGCACCUGAUUACCUUCGUUAAAAAGGUGAAGGCUGAAAGGCGGCCCAGCUACUCGCCCAUUGUCGUCCAUUGCAGCGCAGGAGUGGGCAGGACGGGCACCUUCAUUGGGCUGGAUCUGAUCAUGCAGCGUUUGAAGAGCGAGUCGAAAAUUAAUAUCUUCGAGACGGUGAAGAAACUGCGGUUUCAGCGCAUGAAGAUGGUGCAAACCCUGCAGCAGUACACGUUCCUCUACGCCUGCACCUAUGAGCUAGUGAAGCAAAAGAUUCCUCGAGCAGCCUUGAAGCUGGAGGGGCGUCCCAAGUCUCAAACGAUUCCACCGCUUGCGGCGCCUAAGAAGGUAAGCUUCCCUGACGUGGAAGUGGGAAGUGGUGAAGCGGAGCACCAGGUGUCCUCUGCUCCUAACGCCGAUAAUAUCGAUGUGCCUACUCUGCAGUUGCCGGCGCGAUUCUCUGGCCUGCGGAAAAGCACUUCGCCUUCCACAAUGGGCAGCAAUGAGCCCUCUACGAGCAGCAGCAACAUGUGAAAAAAGAAAAGCUGUGAUGUCCAGGAGCUGUGUAUUUAUUGGAUACGUAUUGUACGAGCAGAACGUAGCAGCAAUUAUAGCCAAAGAAAUGUUUUUAAAGCAUAACUAAAGCUUUUAAAGUGGAUAUAAAUUUUGCAAAUUGUAUUAAAAUACCAUGUUUGUUUUACCUAUUCCU